AUGGCUGCUUUAAGUGUCCAACUCCUAAGAGGUCUUCUUCUGCUGUCGACCCCGCUGGUUCUGUGUGACUUGUUCUCGAAAGCAACCAGGACCAAAGCUGAUGAGAGGGACCUGAAGAGCAGCGUCUUCGACUUCAUCAUAGUAGGAGGCGGUACAGCCGGCUGUGUCCUGGCUAAUCGGCUGUCAGCAGUUCCGGAAUGGAAGAUCCUUCUCUUAGAAGCUGGUGAUGAGGAAAACAUCGACUACGACAUCCCAGGGGUCCCGACUAAAGAUUACCGUCCUAUUUUAUGGAAUUACCGCACAGAGCGCAACGGCUACUCGUGCCUGUCAAGACCAAGCGGCAGUUGUGAGGUCAGGACUGGCAAAGUCCUUGGAGGAUCUAGCGUUACCAAUGACAUGAAGUACACCCGAGGUUCUAAAGUGGAUUACGAUGGCUGGCAUGUCCCAGGAGCGCUCGGGUCCUUGGAAUGGAAAUUCACUAAUGUCAUUGACAUGUUUAAGGCGUCUGAGGAUAAUGGUGACUACGAAACUUUGGUGAAUUCGUUUUACCAUUCCCGAGGUGGCGAAAUGCGCAUCCAAAAAUUCAAAUAUUCUGAUAGACCCAUUGAGAUAUUUACUGCGGCCUUCACAGAAAUGGGACUUCGAACUCUUGAUAUCAACCUGAAUGUCGCCGAAGCUGUAGUCAAUCAUCAGUUUGCCAUGUCAAACAACACACGUUUGAGUACCAAUAACGCAUUUCUAAAACCUGUCAGACAUCGAAAGAAUCUGGUUGUAAUAAAAGGAGCCAUGGUUACAAAAAUCACGAUAGACAAACUAGAAAAAUCUGUAGAAGGUGUUGUUUACGAAAUCGAAAAAGGAAAAGAAAGACCAGCGUACGCUAAACGGGAAGUUAUACUGACAGGAGGGGCUAUAAAUAAUGUCAGAUUGUUGCAUUUAUCAGGAAUUGGACCUGCAGCUGAUUUAAAGAAGCAUAACAUAUCUGUUUUAGUAGAUUUGCCCGUGGGAUUAAAUUAUCAAGAUCAAGUCACUACUGGAGGCCUUGCAUUUGCUAUCAAUGAUGUAGAACCUGUCAGUGAAAGUGAUAUAAUCAAAGACUUCAAAACAUGGUUUCAAAGUCGGUCUGGACCUUUAGCUUCAAGAGGAAUAAAUCAAAUAUCAGCUUUCAUCCAAUUAUAUGAAGGCCUUAAUGCCCCGGAUGUGGAGCUCGCUUUAGAGGGAAACUUUAUCAGAAGUGAUAAGUUCAUGUUAACAAAUAUAAGUGUUCAUGCAGCGGAAGAAACAAAUUUUCCACUUCCAUAUUAUAAUUUGGUUAAUAUUUAUCCUGUACUUUUGAAACCGAAGAGUAAAGGAAAAGUGUUUCUUCACAAAAAGAGUCCCAAAUAUGGUAGACCAGUGAUACAAGCUAACCUAUUAAAGGAAUCUGAAGAUUUGGAUUCAAUAGUCGAUAGUAUAGACAUAGCAUUACAAUUACUGGAAACUAGAGAAAUGAAGAAAGCCGAAAUCAAAUUAGCUCCAAUUGAUUUAUUCCCUUGUGAUAGGUUAAGGAAUAGAGAACAAUGGAAUUGUAUAACAAGGCAUUACACCAAGGCUAUGAGUAAUCCCAUCGGCACGUGUCGUAUGGGAGAAAAUAGUACAGAUUCCGUCGUCAAUUAUGAGUUGAGAGUACAUGGCAUAGAAGGACUAAGAAUAGCUGAUGCUUCUGUAAUGCCAACUCAUGCACGCGGAGGUAUAUUUGCUCCAACAAUGAUGAUUGCUGAGAAGGCAGCAAAAAUGUUAUUAAAAGACUGGAAAGAAAACAGUAAUAAUUAUUACAAUACUUAG